UAGCACUCAGUCGCGCGCAGUUUCACUCCCUACUGUAUCGAUGAAGUUGCCCAAAGAUGGCGGAUUUCCUGCCGUCCCGGUCCUUUCUAUCUGUUUGUUUUCCAAACUGUCUUCUCAACAGCGGCGAGGCGGAACAACUACGGAAAUCUAAAGAAAUAGACAGGGGUAUUUUGAAAGACAAAACAUAUGUAAAACGGUUAGUCAAGAUACUUUUGCUCGGCGCCGGGGAGAGCGGCAAGUCCACUUUCCUCAAGCAGAUGCGCAUCAUACACGGGCAGGACUUCGAUCAACGGGCCAAAGAAGAGUUCAGAGCCACCAUUUACAGUAAUAUUAUCAAAGGUAUUCGAGUGCUUGAGGAUGCCAGAGAGAAACUGCAUAUCCCAUGGGGAGACUCUUCUAACCAGAAACAUGGAGACACUGUGAUGGCUUUUGACACACGAUCUGCUAUGGUUUCACAAGGGCUAGUGGAGACUAAAGUAUUCCUGCAGUACCUGCCUUCAAUCCGUGCCCUUUGGGCCGAUAGUGGCAUACAGAAUGCAUAUGACCGGCGUAGGGAAUUUCAAUUGGGUGAAUCGGUGAAGUAUUUCUUGGAUAACUUGGACAGACUGGGAGCACCGGACUAUCUUCCCUCACAGCAGGACAUCCUGUUGGCACGUAAGCCCACCAAGGGCAUCCACGAGUACGAUUUUGACAUCAAGAACGUACCGUUCAAAAUGGUGGACGUGGGCGGCCAGCGGUCGGAGCGCCGCAGGUGGUUCGAGUGCUUCGAUAGCGUCACCUCCAUCCUGUUCCUCGUCUCAUCCAGCGAGUUCGACCAGGUGCUGAUGGAGGACCGCCAGACCAACCGCCUCAUGGAGUCGCUCAACAUCUUCGAGACCAUCGUCAACAACCGCGUCUUCAGCAACGUUUCCAUCAUCCUUUUCCUCAACAAGACGGACCUGCUCGAGGAAAAGGUCAAAACGGUGGCCAUCAAGGACUACUUCCCCGAGUACACGGGGGAGCCGCACAGCCUAGCAGACGUGCAGAAGUUCCUGGUGGAUUGUUUCCGAAACAAGCGCAGAGACCAGCAGCAGAAGCCCCUCUACCACCACUUCACCACCGCCAUUAACACGGAGAACAUUCGGCUGGUCUUCCGUGACGUCAAGGACACCAUCUUGCACGACAACCUCAAACAGCUCAUGCUGCAGUGAUGCCGCUCCAGCGAUCCCUUUUUAAAAUUUCUCCAAAAUAACCCUCUCAGAUGUUUGUACUCCAUACAGUAAACCUUUCUGAAUAGCUCUGACAUGCUUUUAUGCGGGGAUGCGGGCCUAGCCUAGCGGUCUGUCACGAGCACAGAAUGGCGGGGUUACUCCCUCAGCGGCCAAGGGUGUAGUUAUUCCCUUAAAAAAGGUUAGAGAAAGAGUGUGUCUGUCCACUCACACUUGUCGUUGUCCUUAUUCAGCCUGCUGAGAGAAGCUGUAUGUGUCAUUAAACGUUAUCCAUCUGUGAAGCAGGUGCCAAAAGCGAUGCACGUUCCCAUAAGUUACUAACAGCAGGGACAAAAAAACGUUUUGGUGGGGAUAUCUUAGCACUGUCCUGAAUACCUGUUACCUUUUGAGCCUUUUAUUACUGACCAAAUAAUGAGUAAUGCUUCUGAUGUUUUAACCCUUUUAACAGGAACUAUUCUGAGCCUCUAGCUGCCCGGCCUUUAUUUGUUUUUUUUCCUCGAUUGGCGUUUUUAACCUGUAGUUGUCUAAUCAAUCAAUCAUUCAGUUGUUUUUAUAUAGAUAUAUGAAUAUAUUUACCAGUAAGAAUCAUAAGUUAUAUUUCAAAAGGUUUACACUUUUUUUUGCCUUUCCUCUGCUGAUGGAUAAUGCUUACGAUAUAUAUAAUAUAUACUAUACCACUGAAUUGAUACUGUGGUUGCCAGGCAAGCUGAUAUGUACAGUACAUAAGGCAUAAACUCAGGGCUGAAUGUAGACCACUUUAAUGUAUUGAUGAAAACCAUCUUUUCAGGAACAUCUACUUAUCGUAGCUCUCCAUCGGCGGAUGGAAAUCACAUUUUCUCCUUUUCGUUUUCCCUAGCUUGAGUCAGGAAAAUUCCUUAGUUUGUCCAUCAGGGAAUGAUAAAAACGGUUUAGUCUUAAUUUAUUUGUCUUUUUUUGUUAUUUGUCAACAAACAAACUAUAUACUGCCGUCUUUCGGUCGAACCCCAAGGUUUUUAAUUUUGAAAAAUGUUUAAGGUACCAGUAAUUCCACAAAAAGUUUCCUCUGUCUGCAUUUAUGCAUACAAAAGGGAUAGAUUUGACCUGUGAACCCUGUCAUUGUGUAUAGCUACUUUGUAUAGUGCCAUGUCCACUCUUGAUACUACUCGUAGUAAGUAUUUUAUGUAAAUAGUCUCACCCACCUCACUUUUUUUCUAACCGAUAUGUAAUCAACACUGAACAUGUAUAGCUGUUUUAUGCCACUGUGUGUAUUUACACAACCAAUCGCAGUUUCUUUUAUAAAUGCUGACUCGCUUCUUUCUAUCCAGUGCUGUUUUUAUUUAAUUUUAUUUUUUUGGUUGUGAACGGUGCCUGUAUUUGUGUCUAUGCAUUCAGUAGCUGCUGAUUUCAAGUGCCGGCUAUAAAAAUGGCCGGCAGUAUAGGAUUCAUUGUCCGGUUUCGGAUUCUGCCUUGCGCUCCUGGCCGAAGGCCCAGGAGGUUUGUGAAAGCAAGUAUUACAUCUUCACACUCCGCUGACAGUAUCCAGUGUCUCUUAGUGCCAGUUAGCACCCGACCGAUGCCAUAGGAAGAGCACAGAUAUGUGCAGGAGCUUAGUCCUUUAACCAAGAUUUUGAAUGAUUUACGUUGGAGGACGCGAGUACAUUUCAAAAUGGUGAAAUAGAAAUAGUGUCUUUUACUGAGAGUAUCAAUCUCUAGUAUUAGCUGUGGUCUGUAUUGUCAUAAUAGCAUGCUGAAUCUUUGUAUUACAUGACAUCCACACACCGAUGGCCUUUUGCAACCUCAAUAACGCAAGUGUUACCUCUCGAAAAGGAAGAGGAAAUGAUUUAAAAUGAACAGCGAGUUAAAUCCAUGUCUUUUAGUAACCACUGAAAUGCAGCGUCUAUAUUUGCACGGUUUUAGUUGAGCUGUGUCGGCCCUGAGGGCAAACCCAAGUGCUUGUGAAAAUGAUGUCACUGUCUGGUUUAGUAACAAGUGGAGGAGAAACGGUCUUCUGCCUCUAUUGUAGUGCAUUAAGGCACCCGUAGUGCAUUCUUAUGUUGAGCUGUUAGCGGUUAAUGUGUUGUUCCCCCAAUUGACAUGUUUAAAAAAGGACGAUGCUGCACACAUACAGAUACACUACUUUAUUACGCUGUGUUCUUGCUCUGUCUGCACACUGCUGAGGUGUGAGAGAUAUAAACUGGGCUUUAUUCUCAAAGUCUUUGACCUUUGACUUACAGAGUGUGGCAGUGGAUACGAGUUUUAAGUCUCACGAGUCUGCUCAUGGUUUCUCCAUUUUUUUUCUUAUUAUCAUUAUUAUUAUUAGGAACGGUUAAUGAUGGUGUAUGAGCUCACUGUAACAAUCUCUGAAACUUGAUUGUGGUCAGAGAUUAGUUUUUUUUUUCCAUCGGUAUCGUUGCCCAGAUAAUCAAUGUCGAAUAUUAUGCAAGCCACAAAAUCUUAUUCCUAGUGCCUCCUGUUUGAUGCUUCAGAUCUUUCUUUGUACUUAGGCUUUUUAAAUUUUUGAUUCAUGUGAAUAUUUUUGAGUCCUCGUAUGGGAAUAAUUCGUACUAAAUGAUUUCAGGAGAGACUCCUGCACUCAGUACAGAAGCUUUCGUUGUACAGUCUAACUAAUGCUUCCUCACUCUUCAUCAUUGACUCAAUAAAAUCAUUUUUCAAAAACU